AUGAAGGGCUUUGGCAUCAUCAAGGACAAGCCUGCUGUUGAUCAAGUUGUCAAGCUGAGUGCAGCUUCAGAGGAGAGCAUGAGGGCCAAGACAUGCAUGAAUGUGGACUGCAAAAAGGCCCUCACUGAUAUCAGGAUCAAGACUGAGACUGAGACUGAUUCUAAGGGGCAUGAGAUCAUUGCUCCAGUGCAUGCCAUGCAUCAGAAGUUUGUGCAUCUUCAGUGCAUGAGCCAAUCUUCUCUUGCUUUUUAUCAAAAGCAGAAGAAUGGCAUCAUUGUGGUUGAUGUGACUAAAAUUCAUGGCCUGGAUAGGCUGCCUGGUAUCUCUAAAACUGAGAUUGUUCAGUGCAUCAUUAAGGCCUCAAAAGCUGAACAGGUACAAAAAAACAAGGCUGAUCAGAAGAAGAAGCACAAUGAGCAUCACCAAUUGAAGAUGAAGGUGAAGGGGGAGGCAAGUAGGACAGUUAAGACAGUGAAAGCUAAUGUCAAGGCUCACAAGGAUAGUGUCAAUGCUAUCAGGGCUGAGGCUGCAAAGAUUUGA